GCUCGCGGCGCCGAGCCCCCUGCGCGCGGCACAUGGGGCGCUGGACCGAGGCGGAGGCGCGCUCGGCGGGGCCCCCUCCCACUCCCCUACCCCUGUCUUCCACGUCCCCUGGGUGCGCGGCCACCAUGGCGUCCAGCGAGGAGGACGGCACCAACGGUGGCGCUUCGGAGGCAGGCGAGGAGAAAGAGGCCACCAGCAAGAGGAGGCGCCUGGGCUUCUUGGCCACCGCUUGGCUCACCUUCUACAACAUCGCCAUGACCGCAGGGUGGUUGGUUCUAGCUAUUGCCAUGGUACGCUUUUAUAUGGAAAAAGGAACGCACAGAGGUUUAUAUAAAAGUAUUCAGAAGACACUUAAAUUUUUCCAAACAUUUGCCUUGCUUGAGAUAGUGCACUGUUUAAUUGGAAUUGUUCCUACUUCUGUGCUUGUGACUGGGGUCCAAGUGAGUUCAAGAAUCUUCAUGGUGUGGCUUAUUACUCACAGUAUAAAACCAAUCCAGAAUGAGGAGAGCGUGGUGCUUUUUCUGGUCUCGUGGACUGUGACUGAGAUCACUCGCUAUUCCUUCUACACAUUCAGUCUUCUCGACCACUUGCCAUACUUCAUUAAAUGGGCCAGAUACAAUUUUUUUAUCAUCUUAUAUCCUGUGGGAGUUGCUGGUGAGCUUCUUACAAUAUAUGCUGCAUUGCCAUAUGUGAAGAAAUCAGGGAUGUUUUCAAUAAGACUUCCUAACAAAUACAAUGUAUCUUUUGACUACUAUUAUUUUCUUCUUAUAACCAUGGCUUCGUAUAUACCAUUGUUUCCACAGCUCUAUUUUCAUAUGCUACGUCAAAGAAGAAAGGUGCUUCAUGGAGAGGUGGUUGUAGAAAAGGAUGAUUGAAUGAUCCCUACAAAUAAGGUGCUUUUUCCAGAAUAACCAGGAUUUACUUGAGUCCAAGUUUUAAUAAACAACUUCAUGAAAUA